AUGGUGUUUGACAACGUCUUUUAUUUCUCUUCAGGGGGUGAUUUAGAUGAGCUUAUAAAAAGUGUGCCAGGAACUGAACAUAUUAUACGGAGACGAGAUCUUGCAAGCUUUUGUCGUAGCGAUGACUUGUCUGAACCCAUUAUUGAUCUCCUCUUGAAUGAAGCUCGAACUGUUCCUCAAGCUCAAGGUUUCAUACUCAACACGUUCGAAGAGUUGGAUUCACUCAUACUACCACACAUGCGAAAACUUUGUCCAAAUAUUUAUCCCAUAGGCCCAUUGCACUCUCUCCACAAAGCUCGCCUUAGGGAGAAGACGACAUUGAUGUCCCCGAAAACAACUUUUUCGAACAGUGUCUGGAAGGAAGAUAGAACUUGCGUAUCGUGGCUCGAUAAACACGCUCCAAAAACCGUUCUUUACGUCAGCAUUGGAAGUCUAGCCACCAUUACAGUAAAUCAACUGCUAGAAAUAUGGCAUGGUGUGGUAAACAGUGGGAAACCUUUUUUAUGGGUGAGACGCCCAGGGUCAAUCACAGGUGGGUAUGAAGACUCUCAGAUCCCGACUGAAUUGCUUGAGCAUACAAAAGAAAUUGGGUGUAUCAUAGAUUGGUCGCCACAAGAACAUGUCCUCGGUCACCGUGCUGUUGGUGCAUUUUUAACACAUAGUGGGUGGAACUCGACUAUUGAGAGUAUAGCCGAGGGGGUUCCCAUGAUUUGUUGGCCUUACUUUUCCGACCAACAAGUGAAUAGUCGAUUUGUGGGAGAAGUAUGGAAGCUUGGAAUAGACAUCAAAGAUACUUGUGAUCGAUUAAUUAUUGAAAAGGCAGUGAAGGAUGUCAUGAAAACGGGAGGAAACAUGUUUAGACCGUGUGUUGACGGUUGGAAAAUUUUGGCGAAAGAGUCGGUAACUGAGAUGGGGUCGUCGUCUAUGAACUUUGAUCGUUUGAUCAAUGAUAUAAGGGUAAUGAGUUCGGCCACAAAGUUAUCAGGUUGA